AUGUCUGAGACACCUGAAGUCAUUGUCGAAUACGCCUACGACCACAUCUCAGAAUGGUAUCUGCAGUGGGUCGAUAGCCAGAAAUCGCCGCGGGAAAGAUACACCAAGAGGCUUCUUGAGGAGCUGCAACCUUCGCCUGCUAUUCUAGAGCUUGGCUGUGGCCCUGGCGUUCCUAUCUUGAAGAUGCUUCUAGAUCACGGCGCACGAGUAGUCGCGAACGACAUCUCGACCAAGCAAAUUGAAAUGGCAAAAGCCCGCUUCGCGAGUGCUACGCUAGUCGCAGGCGACAUGACAGCACUCAACUUUGAGCCUGAGAGCUUCGAUGGAGCUGUCAGUUUCUAUACACUGUUUCACCUACCGCGGUCGAAACUCAAGGCUAUGCUCAUCAGGAUCCAUAGUUGGCUAAAGCCAGGAGGGGUCUUUGUUUUCAAUCUUGCCACCAUCGACGAAGAGGAAAUCCAUGGCGAGUUCUUGGGAUAUGGAAUGUUCUGGAGCAGCUAUGACGUGGGCGGGAAUGAAGCCCUGCUGAGAGAAGUCGGAUUCGACUUAUUGCAGGUGGAAGUACUGCAGGCAGGCGAUGGAAAACUUGAGGAGGAUGAUCCAGACUUUGACGCUGAGUUUAUGUGGGUGGUGGCACGAAAGAAAGAUUCUCCUGCUGAGCAGAAUGCUCUAAAGAUGGUGGAGCUGGAGUGUGCCGUGGGAUCAGAGACUUUGCAUGAUGAACAUCUCCUUGGCGAAAGCUCUCAAUCGUUUGAAGACGACAACGAAAACGAUGAAAACGAUGAGAAUAGCUUGAACAGAUGA